AAAUAAGCAAUAUAAUUGCCACAAUUACCACAGGUGGUGUUGCUAAAAGGUGUCAUUGGCGGCACUGUUCAAUUCUGAGAAUCAUAUGAAUGCGGAAAUGGCGAAUGCUUCAAAUGCGAGAAUUCAUCAAGUAAGCAGCAUGUCAGAACUGGACGAAAAUUUGCUGAGUAUGGAAAACCUCGAUAGGGCGUCUCCAGAAUUGUGGCCCGAAAAAAUUCCAGGAAUGUCAAAUUUUGUAAAUCAAACUGCAGCAGCUAAUACUAGUGGCCAGCCUUGGAACAAAGAACUAGACAGUGAGGAUAUAAACUUGCUGCACCAAUUUGGCAGCCUUACUGCUGCCAGCCUCAUUGGAGAAGUGAAGAAACUACACGAUAUAGCAUAUGAGCUGGGACUCCAGGAAGCGAAGGAGAUGACACGUGGGAAGUACCUGAACAUCCUCAGUCGCAGUCAGCAUUAGCACUUGUGCUUGCUAUCAUUAUCAUACAGUUUCAAGGAGUAAAGCAAAAUGUGUGGAUAAAAUUUUUGUGUCCCCAAAUUAGCCUGAUUAUAUAAUUUACCAUCUAGAGAAAAUGAGGGAAAGGUUUAAUUAUUCAUUUAUUUUAUACAGAUAUAAAUCUCAUCAAUUGUUGCACUUUUGAUGUCCUUUUCAAUGUGACAUGUCAUUUCCAGCAGUUUUCUUUCACUGUCCCCUGGAUGAUGUGACUAGACUAAUAUUAGGAUCUGCAGUUGGUCAUUGCAACAGAACGACCUUUAUUUUUUUGUACAGUUGGGUCAGCUGCAUGAAAUGAAAUGCAUUGUCAUAUGACAUUUUAUAUUGAAUCUUCCACUUUAGCUGCUAAUUGUUUUAUUAUAUUACUGUUAGCAGCUAACUUGAAAGAUUCAAUUUAAAAUGUCAUGUUACAUUUAAUAUGUUCUCAUACUACCAGGAAUGUUAUGUCUGUGUGCCACAAAUAUCUGGGCUGUGCAUACUUGCAGCACUGUCAGGUUGUUUUGUUAUUUUUUUCAUGUCACAGAAGAAUUUGCUACAGUUAUGUUUAAGAAAACCAAUAAGCAAAGUUCCAUUAACUUAUGGUAAUCUGUUCUUACAUUUUUCCUAAUUAUCUCCCUUCCCUUUUUUGUAAUUUAAAAAGGAGAUAAGUAGUUUGAGCUUCAAACAAUAGGAAGUCCAGCAUGGAAUAAUGACAAUAUUUUGGAAAGGAUAGAUUGCUGCUCACCAUAUAGCAGAUGCCAAGUAACAGAUAGGCAGAACAGAAAGAUUAUUAAAAAACGUAAGCUUUCGGCCAAAAAAAAAGGCCUUCAUUGGCAUUAGAUAGCAUACACAUGUACACUCAUGGGGGGAGGAAACCUUUAAUCUCUUGUUGUAAAGGCCAGACUAGCCUCUGCAGCUAGACUGCGAUCAUGUGUGUGAGUUAGCUUACUUGUUUGACAUCUUUGUUGUUGUCCGGGUGACUCUGAAGAUCUCUGCCAUAUGGCGAAUAGCAAUCCAGUUUGAGCUGCUUUAUAGUUUUUCUUUAAUGACUGUUAAAGUUGUAAAUGCAGCCCACUGUGUGUUGACUAGUGGGCCCAUGUACAGAAUUGCUAUGGUAUGGAUUGUUUCCAGUAAUCACAUUUCAGUUAGUGCUGGAAUAGCAACAUCAACUGAGUAAAGUUUAGUAGUGAAUCUGCAGUUGUGUAGUAUGCGUAAUAAUGUUGCUAAUUAUGUGCCUUUAAAUGUAAACAUUUGUCAUUAAAGGUUACCAUUAUAAAAGAAUAGUAAACAUUUUAUAUUGGAGCUAUCAUUUGAAAGUGUAAGUAAUGUUAAUUCUUGCAUAGAUAUAAAAUAAAUAAUGACCAGAUUUUUCAUAA